AUGGCAGAAAGCACGGAAAAGGUGGAAAAUGGUUCAGAUGCACGAAGACGAGUACUUACUAUAGCAGUAUCCACAGUUUUACUGGAAAAUGGAUUUGAAUCUACUGACAAAAUGGCACUAGAAACACUCACAGAAAUGCUUCAAUGUUUUUUGUCCGAAGUUGGAAACUCGGCCAAAAACUACUGUGAGCUAUCAGGCAGAGUGGAGCCAAUGCUGAGUGAUGUAAUCAUGGCCUUAGUAAAUAUGGGUAUCAGCAUACAAGGGUUGGAACAGUAUGCAGCUCGGCCAAACAGACAUGUGAUCCAGCCACCACAGCAGGCCCCAGCCCCACGAACACCAGCAAUGUUAUCAGCAGGAUCCAAGGCUAAGCCUGCUCCUCACAUACCAUUCCACCUGCCACCAUUACCUGAUCCACAUGCUUAUAUUAGGACACCUACUCACAAACAGCCAGUCACAGAAUAUGAAGCUAUAAGAGAGAAGGCUGCCUCACAGAAGAGGGACAUCGAGAGGGCAUUGACGAAAUUUCUAGCUAAGACAAGUGAAACACACAACUUAUUCAACACAGAGGAUAAUCAGGUGUUCCCAUUAAUAGCAUGCAAGCCAACAUUCCCUGCAUAUUUACCAUGUCUGUUACCAACAGACCAAGUAUUUGACUUUGAUGAAUUAGAAUAUCACUUCCAAGUUGCUAAUAGAACUGAAGAUAUGCCAGCUGAUAAAAAAGAGCAAUCAGACAACGAAGGUGACAACAUGGUUGAUGGAGACAACCCAAACAGUUCACAGAUGGACAACCCUGAAGCAAGUAUGGCAUCCAGCCCAGACAGAGGCAAAUCUGGUGGAUAA